AUGGCGUGGAACCAGAAACUAGUAGUCGAAGUGGUCGACGCUCGCAACCUCCUGCCGAAAGACGGGCAGGGCACUUCCAGCCCUUACGUCGUCAUCGACUUCUACGGCCAGCGGAAGCGCACCCAGACCGCCCCGCGCGACCUCAAUCCCACAUGGAACGAGACCCUCGACUUCAACGUCGGCAAGCCCUCCAACGUCUUCGACGACAUGCUCGAGCUCGACGUCUAUCACGACCGGACGUACGGCCCCACUCGCCGCAGCAAUUUCCUCGGCAGGAUCCGCCUCAGCUGCACCCAGUUCGUCAGGAAAGGCGAGGAGGCCCUCAUCUACUACACGCUCGAGAAGAAGCAGCUCUUCAGCUGGGUUCAGGGCGAAAUCGGAUUGCGAAUCUAUUACCAGGACGACGUGGCGGCGGAUCCGGCAGCAGAGCCGGCGAAGGAAGAAGACAAGAAAGAGGAAGAAUCGCCACCCACACCGGCUGAGCAAAAACCACCCGGAUCUGAGGAGAAGCCGGGGGAAGAGCCGCCACCAGAUCCCCCUGCUCCAGACAAUGCUCCGGCUCCGAUCAAAACAGAGGAUCCAGACAAUUCCGCCGCCGACCCUCCUCCGCCGCCGCCAGAAGAAGCGGAAACUGAGGAAGAAGACAUCGUUAUGGAACCGCCAACGCCGAAUUGGGCGUCAGAGGUAACCGGAUCCGUACCGCAAGUGAAGGUGGCAGCAGCGGGAACAAUCAACGGUCCUCAUCCGAUCGCGAGGCCGUUGUCUCCGACCAGCACGCUGGAGCCGCAGGAGAGCAUUUCGAUCGAACGGUCCUCAUUCGAUCUGGUGGAGAAGAUGCAUUACGUGUUCGUUCGGGUGGUGAAGGCUCGGUACCUCCCCACCAACGGGAACCCGAUUGUAGGGAUUGCAGUCUCCGCCAGCCGCAUCGAAUCCAAGCCCGCGAGGAAAACUGCCUUCUUCGAGUGGGACCAGACGUUUGCUUUCGGCCGCGACGCACCUGAUUCCUCCUCCAUUUUGGAGAUCUCGGUUUGGGACUCGCCUCCCGCGGCGGCGGCGCGUGGGAAAUUCUUGGGCGGGAUUUGCUUCGACGUGACGGAAAUUCCUCUACGAGAUCCGCCGGACAGCCCUUUGGCCCCGCAGUGGUACAGGCUGGAAGGCGGUGGAGCCCACAGCGGGGACUUGAUGCUCGCCACGUGGGUGGGAACUCAAGCUGACGAGUCGUUCCCCGACGCGUGGAAAACCGACACAGCUGGCAAUACGAACUCCCGAGCCAAAGUCUACCUCUCUCCGAAGCUAUGGUACCUCCGAGCCACGGUGCUGGAAGCGCAGGACGUUUUGCAUUCAACGGCGCCGUUGAAAGAAGCGUCGCUCUAUUUGAGGGCUCAGCUUGGGUUCCAAGUUCACAAGACAAAAUCCGUACUUACACGAAACGGCACGCCGUCGUGGAACGAGGAUUUACUUUUCGUCGCCGCCGAGCCAUUCGCCGACCACCUGGUCUUCACACUAGAAGCGCGGCAGCAGCACAAGGGACCAUCGCCGAUCGCCGUCUUGAGAAUCCCGCUCACGGCCAUCGAGAGGAGGGUCGACGACCGGCAAGUGGCGACGCGGUGGUUCAAUUUCGAAGAUCCGAACAGCGAGAAGGCGAGGUACAAAGGGAGAGUACAACUGCGGCUAUGCUUCGACGGCGGGUAUCACGUGAUGGACGAGGCGGCGCACGUGUGCAGCGACUACCGCCCGACUGCGAGGCAACUGUGGAAGCCGCCGAUCGGAACGGUGGAGCUCGGGAUCAUCGGAUGCCGGAACUUGCUGCCGAUGAAAGCGAUCGACGGGAAGGGAUGUACGGAUGCGUACUGCGUCGCCAAAUACGGGCCGAAGUGGAUCCGGACGAGAACCGUUUCGGAUAGCUUGGAUCCGAGAUGGAACGAGCAGUACACGUGGCGAGUGUUUGAUCCGUCCACUGUGCUGACCAUGGGAAUCUUUGACAGUUCAGGAGCGAGUGAAUCGGAGGGAGAGAAGAGUGCCACGCGUCCCGAUCUCCGAAUGGGGAAGGUACGGAUUCGCAUAUCGAGCCUCGAGACGGGUAAAGUCUACAGAAAUUCCUACCCGUUGAUUGUGUUGACCAACAACGGGGUGAAGAAAAUGGGCGAGAUCGAAGUUGCCGUGAGAUUCAUCCGCUCCGCACCGACGCUGGAUUUCCUCCACGUGUACACCCAGCCUUUGUUACCGUUGAUGCACCACGUGAAGCCUCUGGGAGUCGUUCAGCAGGAGGUGUUGAGAAGCACCGCGGUGAAGAUCAUAGCCGUACACCUGUCGCGAUCCGAGCCGCCGAUGAGGCGCGAGGUCGUACUGCACAUGCUCGACGCUGACACUCACGCGUUCAGCAUGCGGAAGGUGCGUGCCAACUGGGUCCGGAUCAUCAACGUGAUCGCGGGCGUGAUCGACAUCGUGCGGUGGAUAGACGACACGCGCGUGUGGAAGAAUCCGACGGCGACGGUGCUGGUGCACGCGCUGCUGGUUUUGCUGGUGUGGUUCCCGGAUCUGAUCGUCCCGACGCUGGCGUUCUACGUUUUCGCGAUCGGCGCGUGGAACUAUCGGUUCCUCCGGUCGUCGAAGGCGGCGCUGCCGCACUUCGAUCCGAAGCUGUCGCUGGCGGAGGCGGUGGACAGGGAGGAGCUGGACGAGGAGUUCGACGGGAUGCCGAGCGGGAGGUCGCCGGAGACGGUGAGGGCGAGGUACGACAAGCUGAGGGCGGUGGGGGCGAGGGUGCAGACGGUGCUGGGGGAUCUGGCGGCGCAAGGGGAGAGGGUUCAGGCCCUGGUGACGUGGCGGGAUCCGCGGGCUACGGGGAUAUUUGUCGGGCUGUGCUUUGUGGUGGCGAUGAUUUUGUACCUGGUGCCGACGAAGAUGGUGGCGAUGGCUUCUGGGUUCUAUUGCUUCCGGCAUCCGAUAUUCCGGGACCGGAUGCCGUCCCCGGCGCUGAAUUUCUUCAGGAGGCUGCCGUCGUUGUCUGAUCGGCUUAUGUAG